AUCUGACAAAAUUCCUGUUGAGAAUGUAGCCACCGAAACACUUCCUUAUUGCAGUAGAUCUCCAUUGAACUCAGCUCAAAGUUUGGAGUCAAACAGYAGCAAAUGUCCAGUAGGMAAGGAUAAUAGUAAAAGGCSUUUGGCAGGAAAUUCACUACAUCCUAGAGAAUUGCCUGGAAAUGGUGCUGAAAGUGGAUGUCARCCAUCAMAUCCAAGUAAAACGAGCCCUAUUAUCAUACUAUCAGAUGACGAAGAUUAGAUUAUAAACAAAUAGAAAUUUUGUAGAUAUCAAGUUUUUUAAUUCUAUCAACAGUACUUAUUUCACAGGACCUUAGCUUGUGAAAGAUGACCUGUUUUCACUAAUUGUACGCRUUUGGUUGAAGUUUUUAUCAUUGACAAAGAAUGGRAUUGUUAUUGAUUGAUUGUAUAAUAAUUGUUGACCAGGCCACUCAGUUGAUUUGAAAAUAUAAAGGCAACCUGUUAACAAAAAGUAAAUGUUUUAUCUUAUAAUUAUCUAUGAGAUACCUAUAUUUCUCCAUUUCAUAAAAUUGAUAUUUUCACUAGUGAACAUAACAUGUUAUUUUCACUAGAACAUCGCAUUUGAAGUUUCUGUAUAUAGUGGAAGUAAGAAAAAAGAUAUUUUAUGGCAUAAUUUGCUUUCAUAUGUAAUUAUAUGAUAAUUGCUACGCUACGCUCACUCGUGAGAGAUCUUUUCAACACUCGAAGAAAUGAAAUCUGUAUCUCCGCGCGCCCAUGUAAUAUCCUCUAUUUCUAAAAUAAGAUAGCUAUUUAAAUGAUAUCAUAUUAAAGCAGAAUUACCAUGAUAUAKUUCCAUGAAUAUAUGCUAGCCUUUGUGCAGUUGGCUGAGAUGUUUUAACCCUUUUACUGUGUUCAUGACUUCUUCAGAGGACUCUAAUAAAACAAAAUAAGGGGGCAGUGAAAUGGUUUAAAAGUAUUUGAUUUUUUUKAUAAUACUGUGGCUGCACACAAAUCAGUUUGUUUAGUAUUUUUUCGAACGAAAAUAAAUCCCUACAUGUGUGAAAUCAAGUAAAAUCAGUCAAUGACAAUCAAAAUUCAUUCACAAAUGGUGAUCUAUUUCCCUUUGUCUUSAUUCACAGGUUUGUUAUUGUUUGAUGGGUUUCCUGUGUUAAGARAUCACGCGCACGCGCAGUGACCAACCAGUUUGGCGCGAUCCGAAAUGCAUAAUUUACGACCUGAGGCUUUGUUAACCAAAAAAGUGCAUUUCUAUUUAUAUUUCCAAUAGUUACUGGACUGCAUUAGCAUAAUGCGAGACCUAAAUCCAUAGGUCAACAGUUUUCAACGGUUUUAAUCGACUGUCAAGACAGUUUUCUACGCUUGUGGUCUCAUAGUUUGGCCACAUAUUCAAAAUGGUCGUUUAAAUUCAAGUGUUUUGCGUCCUAGUUACCGAUCACAGCUCGUUGAAUAUAGARCUACAAUAUGACUGGAAGCAGUGCUUUGGUUUCUCUGGAAGAGAUUCAAGUAAUCCGCUUAGUUUUGCAGUUUUUGAGCUCCCGUAAACUUCACAAAUCUGCAAGAAACUUAGAGAGGGAAACAGGCAUAACAAAUUGUGGCUACAAUGAUGAUGUUCUUUUUCUUCGUCAGCUUAUAYUAGACGGCGAAUGGGAUGCUAUACUUACUUAUUCACAGCCAUUGGAGAAACUUGAAGGGUUUGAUGCGAAGUCAUUUCGUUAUCUUAUAUUUAGAGAGAAAUUUAUGGAAAUCUURUACUUCAAAUCUGGUGUCGAAGGUGUAAGCUCGAGUUAUUCUAUUGAAGACAUGAUCAAGUGUUUAAAUCAUUUGGAAACGAACUGCCCCACAAAGAGUGAUUACACUAAACUAUGCUGGCUUUUAACAGUUACAGAUCUCUAUGAUCAACCAGAAUACCAGGGCUGGAAUCCUGAAACUGCUAGGAUUAAGUGUUUUGGGGAAGUGGUCGAKCUUCUGAAAAAAGUUAUGCCRCUUGAAAAAAAGAAAGGAAAUGAGAAAGUUCUACCAUCCGUUUCACAGAACAGACUUGURAAYCUUGUUGUUAAAGGGCUGUGUUUUGAGAACUGUGUGGAUUAUUGUCACCAGAGAGCCAUAAAUGGCGAAGUUGACAACGAUGGUAUUAAUGUYGAUAACAGUGUUCUUGCUGGCGCUUCACAUGAAAGUACAGGAAAUUUCCUUUCAUGGCUUCACAGUUUGCCACAAGAAAGCUUUGUUUCUCCUUUUGAACCUGUAUCAUUGAAAGUCAAUUUCAAAAAGACUUCACAGAUUAGAAAAUUCAAUUUAUCCAACAAAAGACUGCAAAAUGAGGCAGAGAACCUUUCAAAAAGUCUKUUAAUGUCAGAAAGGCCCUCAACUGCAAGUAAGGUUGAGUCAAAACCAGUAAAUCCUCCUGAAUCUCUUKCCAGUGUCAAGAAAGUUUCUAAUUCUUACAGCAACUUUCAUUACACUAAACYGAACAUUGAUUUCAAGCCAAUUGAACCUGAGACUGGAGAGGGUGUCCCCAGAAGGGACUCGCUAAAUGAAGCAGAUAUUCCACAACCUAAUAACCAAGAUAUUAGCACACAGGCAGASCAAAACAAUCACAACAGUAAUCAUGCCGAUCAAGUAAGCCACUCAAAAGAUAAUAAGCCAUCUAAGAGAGAGAUACAUGAUAGUCAAGACUCUUUGGAUCGAAUCAAGAGAAACCAGGAGAAUAGUGUCCUUAAACAGCUUGAAGAACAUGAAAAGCAAAGUGCAGAACUAAGGCGGCAGCUUAUGGAGAGCUCAAAUGKCCAGGCAGAAUUACAUGAGAUGUCACCCAGGGCAACACCWAACCAUCAACAGCAGAACAUAAGACACCCAUCUGAUGGACACAGCCUGCCAAUAGAUGAAGAUAAACUGCAAACUGUAAAUAUUACUAGCCAAGUGAAUUCUACUAAAGGAAGRACACAAMGGGAAUCACCUGUCGGUAAAGAAGUUUCACCUUGCUUCAAAGACAAUACUGAUAACAAACCAUUACAAGUCACAUCAACACCUUUAACAAAGAAAAAACUAAUCCCAGAACCACUGAAACUAGACAAUGUCACYAUCUCAAGAAUAGAGGGACCAAGUGUCAAUGAAUCAAGACAUCAAGAUAAUAAUGACAUGAACCAAUCACAUGCUAAUGAGGAAAAACCUAUCCCUGAAAGUCAAUUUCCUAAAACUCCCAAUGCUCUUCCAACUSGUCAUUGGAUUUCAUUGGCUGAUGGCAGUGGGACUUUAAACACAAGUACCCCUAAGUCAUCUAGACAUCAGAUGUCCAACACUCCAGGUCCCUUGGUAUCCCCUGUUGAUGCAGUAGAAGCUGAAUCUGCURUACAARCAACAAACAACCUUCAACCGGAUGAUGACAAAGCUAGUCCAGUAAUCCCAAGUAAUGAUACGCCUACUCCACGUAGAGGRCCCAAAAUUAAUGGAGUACGAAGGACCCUUAUGUCCAAUGGCCCACCUAUGUCUAGGAAUAAAGGACCAACUGUGCCCAAUGAAGAGACUCCAGAGACUAAGGCACCAAUCAGGGAGAAAUCCAAUAAAGGAGGGAAUACACCAAGAGAUCGAGCACCUGYCAAUCAAAAACAGAAUCCUCCGAAAAAGAAUAGUAGGGAGGAGGCAAAACCUAAGCCUUCUGUUGACAAUACAGGAGCAAUAAAUCAAGCMAAUGUCAAAUMCACCACCAAGUCURGUAUCUUAACACAACAGCAGAGAGAAAUGUCUAAGACACUAGAGAAACAACAAGGAUACAUGAAGAAUAAUCCAGAUGCAAUAAGAUUCUGUACUGUUGCCAGUCUUGAAGAUGUACAAGCWAUCCGUGCUGUAGCAUUUCAUCCUUCAGGGGAUCUUUUUGCUGUUGGUUCUAACUCAAAGACAUUAAGAGUCUGUGCUGCUACAGGUCUUAAUAACUACAAGAAACUGAACAGUAACGAAGACAUGAUUCCUCCUCAGCCUACAAUCCUAUUCAAACGUAACCGACAUCACAAAGGAUCAAUUUACUGCGCUGCAUGGAGCAACACAGGUGAUAUGCUAGCAACAGGUUCUAAUGACAAGACAAUUAAAGUCUUGCGCUUUGACCCGGAGAACUGUACUCAGGUUGGACCAGAAAUGGAACUAAACAUCCACGGUGGAACCGUAAGAGACCUGGUAUUUGCAACUAGGAGUGGUGGCACAUCUCUGUUGGUAUCAGGCGGGGCAGGAUGUGGUAAUGUCCAGAUAACAGACACUGGUACUGGUAAUAGUAUAGGACAACUCAAGGGUCACUCAGGCUAUAUCAUGAGUAUAUAUGCUGCUAAGGAUGACAUCAUUGCGACUGGUUCAAAUGAUAAUACUGUGCGUCUAUGGGACUUGAGGUCACAAAGAUGUAUUGACGCUAUAGCAACGGGUGAAAGCUGUGUGGCAUCAGUGUGCGUUAACCCGGCUGGGACUUUACUUUCAUCAGGUCACGAAGAUGGUGGCUGUAUGAUAUAUGAUAUAACAGCUGGACGGACACUUCAGUUCUUCAAACCACACACCUUAGACUGCAGAUCUGUACGCUUCUCAUCAGACGGUCACUACCUAUUGACAGCGUCGUAUGAUACUAGUAUUAUAUUACUAGAUAUGCAGUAUAACUUAGAAUGUAAUAUCCCACCAUAUUCUGUUGUGGCACAGCAUUGCGAUAAAGUUAUUCAAUGCAGAUGGCAUCCACAGCUUAUGGCUUUUCUCAGCUCUAGUGCUGAUAAGACAGCAUCGUUAUGGACGCUUGAUUGCUAAUGAAACUAUCUUUAUAGUCAUCUUAAGCUAUCCAAAAUAUAUUAUAUAACCUACAAAUUUAAUACUUAUCAUUUACUGUUUUCUUGAAUUCAGUAAUUGGCAUUUACUAAGAAUAAAAUAUUACAUAUAAUUUAUGAAAGGAAUCUUUUGCUAAUAAUGUAUGAAUUUCAUAUCACAAACAUUUUCAAUUUUUCAUAUACAUAUGGAUUUAUUUUAUGUGUUUGUUUGGAAUCUUAACACAGAGAAAUAUUGGCUUUGUGCUCCUUGCAUGUGGCUUGAUCUUUCUAGAGUGUCUUUGAUAACUUGUCAAACCUGUUUAGAUACAAGAGCUACUUCAAUUCACUUUGAGUGUUUAAGUGAUGGUAAAGUAAUAAUGUCUAUGAUUGGAUGUCUUUGAUAUCACUUACAGAACCCUGUACUAAGCAUGUUUAAUAGCCCUAUGAAAAGAACAAGACGUAGGCUUUUCAUUUAUCGAAAACUUAAGGAGAAUUUUUCAUUAAGAACCUUCCUUUUGGCCAUGCAUAUAUUUAUUCUAUUUAGCUGUUUUUCUUUGUACAGUUGAAUUUUUGAAUUAUUUAUAAUAAAGUGAAGCAGUGUCAAUGGAUUUUUAGUUUCACUUUCACUUGAGAAUAAUUCUCAUUUAUGAAACAAAGGAUUGAGCAACCAGAGGAGUUAAAGCAUCUGUUUCAAUUAAUAUUAACUUCGUAAGAAUUCUCUCUUAGUAUCUGAAUUGUGAUGAUUAUUCCAAAAUUGUAGGUAAUUAAUUUAUUUUUUUCAGAAAGUUGUUUGAUUUUUCUGUAAUUUAUAAAUGAUUUAAAAAUUUGAAACUCAUUUAUAAAAUAUAAUGACUGCUUGGUUGUAUUUAUCAGGUCUUUUCGCUUUAUCCAACAAUUAGCUCGCCUACACAGAACACCCACAUGUUUGUUUUAACAGGAAGUACUAUAAUAUGUGGUAGCUCGUGAUAUAUCUAACCAUAACAACUUCAGCUUCACUCUCUGUUAUGUAACAACGUGAUGAAUGCAGUCUAAACUUGUCUUUGUAUUGUCAGUAUAAUUAGUUUAUUUACUUUUGAACAUUAUGUACAACAUGUAACUCCAUCUUGAUCUCAUAUGUGUUACCUCGUGAUAUAUCUAACCAUAACAACUUCAGCUUCACUCUCUGUUAUGUAACAACGUGAUGAAUGCAGUCUAAACUUGUCUUUGUAUUGUGUUAAUUAGUUUAUUGUACUUUUGAACAUUAUGUACAACAUGUAACUCUUGAUCUCAUAAAUUAAAUCAAAAACAACCAACCAUA